AUGCAAGCUCUUCGAUGUCGUCAUGGGGCAGCGCAGGCGCUGAUGCACCGAUGCCGACUGUGGCAAGCUCCAGCCGCUCCAUGCUGCGCCAUCUUGGUGCCUUCGACUUGUCGGUACGCCCUGCAUGGAGACGCGCAGGAGCCCUUUGCUGGCUUCGGGACACGCAGGAGACUGUGGCCAUGGGCUGCGGCUGCAGCGGCAGCGGCAGCCAUGACCCUGACAGGUCGGAAAGCAACCACGUGUGAGGAGAGUGCGAGACCACUCCUGGUGUGCGGCUCUCUCAAUGCAGACAUUAUUAUAGAGAUCAACCGUUUCCCGAAGAAGGGUGAGACCCUGGGGACACGCAGUGCGGAUACGGGGGUCAUGGUGCCGGGCGGAAAAGGUGCCAACCAGGCGGUAGCAGCUUCCCGCCUUGCAGCUGGUACUCCCAGGAAGGCUCAGUUCGUUUGCCAGUUCGGAAAUGACUCGCAUGCCACAAAGCUGGAGCAGGUACUCGUGGACAACGGCUUAGAUCUCAGCGGCUGCGGCCGGGCUCAGAAGCCGUCUGGGCAAGCUUUCAUUUUCCUGGAGGCAGAUGGUUCCAACUCCAUUCUCAUCGUCGGCGGGUCGAAUGUCGCGUGGCCUGCAGAAGUUGUCGACUUCCAGAGGCUCAUACAGGGGGCGAGUGCCGUCCUACUGCAACAAGAGAUCCCCAAGUACGUCAAUGAGGCCGUGGCCUCCGUUGCCCAUGCAGCGGGCGUGCCUGUGAUUCAAGAUGUUGGUGGCGAAGAACGUGACUUUCCAGACGAGCAUCUGAAAAAGCUUGACUAUAUCUGCCCAAAUGAGACUGAGCUGGAGAGGCUAACCGGCAUGCCAACAGACUCGGAGGCAAAAGUUGUGUCAGCAGCCAGGAAGGAGGCCAAAGAGUACAUCAGCAAGAUCAACAAGCUUAUCGGAGUUAAGGAGUCUGACACCGGCCUAGCCCCUCCAAGUCAGUGGGAUCUGGAAGGCGACAAACAGAUGAUGAAGCAGGAGCAAGCACUGCAAGUAGCCCGGGUGACCAAGAUCAUUGAUCCGGGGACGGAUGACACCAAGUACGUCAUCAAGAUCCGCGAGUUCGCGAAGUUUGUUGUUGGCCUUGGUGAGAAGGUGUCCGCCACUGACAUCGAGGAGAGUAUGCGCGUCGGUGUGGACACUUCCCAUGGAGGAAAGUACCGAAUUCAAAUCCCGCUGCCACCAAAGAUCGACCCAUCAGUAACAAUGAUGACGGUCGAGGAGAAGCCUGACGUCACUUACAAUGACGUGGGUGGCGCCAAGGAGCAGCUGGAGCGGCUUCGAGAGGUUGUGGAAAUGCCACUGCUCCAACCCGAGCGGUUCGUUGCUCUAGGCAUUGACCCGCCCAAGGGUGUGCUGCUGUAUGGGCCGCCCGGCACAGGGAAGACGCUGACCGCACGUGCAGUGGCAAAUCGUACAGAUGCUUGUUUCAUCUGCGUCAUCGGCUCCGAGCUUGUCCAACGCUAUGUCGGUGAAGGAGCACGCAUGGUGCGCGAGCUCUUCCAGCUUGCCAGGACAAAGAAAGCCUGCAUCCUUUUCAUCGACGAGGUGGAUGCCAUCGGUGGCUCCCGUGGCGGAGAUGAAGGCAACAGUGAUAGCGAGGUCCAACGAACAAUGCUGGAGAUCGUGAAUCAGUUAGAUGGUUUUGACUCUCGUGGCAAUGUCAAGGACAGCUUCGUACGCAAGCCAUGCCCACCAAGUGUGGCAGAGCGCCCUGCAGAUUGUCCCGAGUCCAGCAGAGCACGCCUGGACAUGGUCAGAGCGCUUUCAGAUCACGUCAGCGCCGUCUACUUCAUGACCGCCGAUUGUUACGAGACUGCCGAGGAAGAGCCCGAGGAACUGCUCCCGAUUCUGAAUUUCCUGAUAGAUUUGGGGGACAUGACUUGCUAUGCAAGGCAAGUGAACUGUUACUACGGAGGCACCGCCGAGCACCACGAUCUCGUGAUGGCGCUGGUGGACCAUCUUGAGAUGCAGUGCUUGGAGAUGGGGCACCUAUGUCAGGACAUACUACGGAAGGAUCACUUCUACGAGCAUCUUGCGCUUGGGCAGGGCGACCUUUUCGGAGAGGUGCUGGACAGGCUGGCCGCCUACGUGGCAAAGCUCUUUUGGACGCAGCAGGGCCGGGCCAAAGCACCCACGUUAGCCACCGUGCUUUCUCAUGCCUCGACAUGGACUCUCGGGGGUGAGUUUGUGUCCGACUUCGACGCAUGUGGUCCAGGGCUGCAUCCGCGUCGUGCACAUCGGCUCGAUGGGGAGAUAUCAGACUUUUCAUCAUCCAGCCAUGCAAGGUUCCUGACGCAGUCUCGGAUCUUGGAGGUAUUCCUAGCUGAGCGCGACUUCGGGCCCGGCCUUCCACUGAUCGUGAACCUCGGCGCGGGCCAGCAUGACCCUGCAAAUUGCCUCCUCGAACGGUCAGGUGCAUUCCGCGCCAUCCUUUUCGAGAUCGAUCCCAAGAUGGUGGAAGACCUGCGAUUGCGAUUUGGCCGCCGACAAGAGGUCGUACUUGUAGCCGAGCUGGUGAGCCCUGGCCGCUUUGUGGAGCAGUUGCUCCAAUUUACUUCGAAGCCACUGCAUGCUCGUUUUCCGGCUCUUCUGAAGAUUGAUGUGGACAAUGGCGAUUGCGACUACCUGGCGGUGUGGUUGGAAGCAGGGUACUUGCCGUUGGUGAUCCACAUGGAGAUUGUGCACUCCUACCUGCCCCCAGAGAUUGGCCUAUCCAUUCCCUUUAAUGAGGCCAAAUCUCCUGGAAACAUCAGUCAACAGUACAGCGAGUCAUCGAUGAUGUCAGUCGGAUGCUCUUUGGGGGCUGUACUGCACUUGCUCAGGAGUCAGUAUUCUCUGCUCACGUGGAGCUACUUCAAGCCGGUGCAUGUCGAGUUUGUCCUGACUGCUUGGGCGCAAGAGCAGCGAAUAGAAGUUGUUCCAACAGAGCAGAUUCCAAGCUUCUGGCGUUCAGUCGUGUCUUAUCGAGAGGUGUUCCACCCUGACCACUACCAUGGAUUAGAGCUGGAUCCACGGCAGAUGGUGGAUGAGGGGCUCUCAAUCGAGGAAUGCUUGAUAUUUGGUCAAAUGGCGCGGAAAGGCAUCGGAUGGACCGGAGGUCUGGACCGCAAAAUCGAAUUCGGUCUGCCUGAUUUGGAAGGGCGUACGCACAUCUUCAAGAUCCACGCAAAGACAAUGGCAAUUGACAGAGAUGUGCGAUUUGAGCUCCUAGCACGGCUUUGCCCCAAUACCACAGGUGCCGAGUGCCGCAGCGUUUGCACAGAAGCUGGCAUGUACGCCAUCCGAGCCCGUCGGAAGAGCAUCUCCGAGAAAGACCUGAUAGAUGCCAUCAACAAGGUUAUCAAAGGCUAUUCGAAGUUCUCUGCUACUCCAAAGUAUAUGGUCUACAACUGCGAUCCAGUAGGUGCAAGCCUCGAAGACUUGGAUAUGCUUGGAAUAAGAAAGGAUGGGGCUGUGCUGGUCACUGCCCAGGGCCAGGUUCUUCGGCAGGCCAGCUUUCCAGUGCCUGGCGGUAAAGUCGUCGACACCACGGGAGCGGGCGAUUGCUUCCGCGCAGCUUUUGCUGUGGCACUGGUGGAAGGGAAGCCGCUGCAGGAAUGUAUGAAAUUUGCUGCGGCUGCUGGGGCAUUGACAGUUUCGAAAAUGGGCGCUGUGCCGAGUCUGCCAACAAGAGCAGAGGUCACUGCCCUGGCCAGCUGA